GGGGAGGCUAAGAGGCUAGGACUCGUUGGUUGGGUCCAGAACACUAGCCACGGAACUGUGAGAGGGCAGAUUCAGGGUCCGACUGCGAGGGUACAGGAGCUGCAGGAAUGGCUCAGGAAGAUCGGCAGUCCCCAGUCCCGCAUCAGCCACGCCGAGUUCAGCAAUGAGAAGAAGAUCACAGCACUGGAGCAUGAGGACUUCCAGAUUUUGAAAUAG